AGUUAUUUCGUUUGUAUAGUGUGAGAGAGUUGCGCGAAUGCAAAUUGUAAAAUAAGACCGUGAUUGUUUUGUUACGGGUCUUUCCUAUGUUGAUUUGCUCUCUUCCCAUCCACCGCAACAGACACUGGCCUGCAAGUAUUGGUGCAACAAGUUGCAUAGCGUCCUGGCUUGAUGAUGGGAGAAGAACCUGCGACGAGAGAGCCAGAGAUGUCUGACGCUGGCUCAGACGAGGAGUUGGCGCUUCCCGCACGGAUGGAGGAGGGGAGUCACAACGGGAGUAUCAGAAAGGGUUGUGAUCCGUGCUCCCAGACCCAGCGCAGUAAGCUGCAGCACCGUAGAGCUCGUAUCAACCAGCAGAUCAACAAGGAGAUGAGGAUGAGGGCUGGGGCUGAGAACCUCUUCAGAGCCACCACUAACAACAAGGUAAAGGAGACUGUGGCUCUAGAGCUGAGCUUUGUCAACUCUAACCUGCAGCUACUGAAGGAAGAGCUAGAGGAACUCAACAGCAAUAUGGAGGUCUACCAGACCGAGAGUGAAGCCAUCAAUGUUCCCAUGAUCCCACUGGGUCUGAAGGAGACCAAGGAAGUGGACCUCACUGUCCCUCUCAAGGACGUUAUCUGUGAGCAUUAUGGAGAGGACAGCUCUUUGUUUGAUAAGGAGAUCAAGGAGUUUAUGGAGCUCAGACAGGCCAUGCGUACCCCCAGUCGUAAUGAAGCCGGUUUGGAGCUUCUGAUGGAGUAUUAUAACCAACUAUACUACCUGGACCAGAGGUUCUUCCCCCCACACAGAACACUAGGAGUCCACUUCCACUGGUAUGACUCUCUAACAGGUGUGCCGUCGUGCCAGCGUGCGUUGGCGUUUGAGAAGGGCAGUGUGCUGUUCAACGUGGGGGCUCUCUACACACAGAUAGGAGCCAGACAGGACCGCUCUGCUACAGCUGGCAUAGACCGGGCUAUAGACGCCUUCCAGAGAGCUGCAGGUGCAUUUAACUACCUGAAGGAGAACUUCUCCAACGCUCCCAGUCUGGAUAUGAGUGGCCCGUCACUAUGCAUGCUGGUCCGCCUGAUGAUUGCCCAGGUGCAGGAGUGUGUGUUCGAAAGAGUCACACUCACAACUCCAGACACGCACUUCAUCACCCAGCUACAAGUGGCAAAGGAGGCCGCACGGGUAUCUGAUGUGUAUAGCUUGGUGCUCCAGACCAUGUCUCAGACCCUUGUGAAGGACUAUGUCCCGUUCUCUUGGGCCUCCAUGGUUCAAGUGAAAGCUGAACACUUUAGAGCCCUCUCCCACUACAAUGCUGCUGUCGCUCUCUGUGACCACACCCAGUCCAUUGAGGAAGGGGGUGACGAAGAGUCGGCGAAGGCUCUCUUCCAGUUCCAUGUCAGUAGUCCUGCUGGACCCCCACUCAGCCAGGUGCUCAGAGACCCUGAGGACAGACGAAAACUGGGGAAGGCCCACCUGCGUUGUGCAGUGAUCAGACAUGAGGAGGCUAUGAGAGUACAUGGUCUAUGUAAGAUCCUGAGGAAGAUGGAUAUUCUACAGGAGGUGCUCUCUUUCAUGUACAAACGCUCCCUGGACAAAUACUCCGAGAUGGACCGAGAGGAUGACUUUGAUGAGACCGCAGAGGCCCCCGAGAUACACUCUCAAACCCAGCACAAACCAGACAUCACACCACCCAACUUCUCCACUGUCCCAGUCACUGACAUCUUCCAAAGGCUGGGUCCCCUGUCAGUGUUCUGUGCGAGGGCACGCUGGGGGCCGGUGCGUGUGGUGAGUCUCCAGCGAGGGGACGGGGGUUUGGGGCUGACUCUUAGAGGAGACUCUCCUGUCCUUGUGGCUGGGGUGGUGCCGGGGGGUUGUGCCCAGGAGGCAGGUUUGAGAGAGGGUGACUAUAUAGUGGCGGUGGAUGGAGAGGACUUUAAGUGGGCUAAACAUGGAGAGGUGGUCCACAUCCUGAAGAGCUGCAGCGACAGAGGAAUACAACUCGGCAUCAUCACACUGCACACACACGAUACACAGGUGGAUAGGAGGCAAGUGAUGCUCUCCCCCAGUGGAGACGAAGCGAACGCUCUGCAACGGACCAUAGGCAGGGCUAAGGGGCAGCGCACCGCCCCCUUACUCAACUGGAACAGGAAGAAGACUGGGGGAGGAGGCAGAGCCACCAAGAGACUGGGCAGCACCUUCAGCCUGCCGUUUGGAAACCUUCGGGACUGUGAGUCCAUGUACUGAGGGCACAGCAGACAUGUUAGUUCCAUACAGUGCACUACCAGCCAAUAGUAGUGCACUAGAGAAUAGGGUGCCAUUUCAGACAGUGCCAUAGAUAGACAAACCACUCAGGGAAUGACAGGUGGACAUGUUACAAUACAUGGAUGUUUUGUAAAUGACUGGAUAUUAAAUGUGUUAUUGCAGCAGGGCAAGGAGAGGAAGAGGAGGUUCGUAGGAAAGGAUGCUUGGUCCAGAUUACAGCAGUUUCAACUGCAGAGAAAAAACAGUUUUAGAAAGCAGGUGACUGCAUGUACAGUGCCUUGCGAAAGUAUUCGGCCCCCUUGAACUUUGCGACCUUUUGCCACA